UCAAAUAGCUUUCACCCUACGAUCACUAUAUUUAACCGUCAUCUCAAUCAUCUCUUUUUCGAGGUGGAAGUGCUUGGAAUCUUUGGAAUCGUUGGGUUUUGCUUUUGCGGUGAUUUGAAGUAAAUCUCUUUCUGUCUUUCCUUCUUCUUCUUUGCAAAAGAUGGCUUCAAAUCAACCUCCUCCCAAUCUACCGCCUGGUUGGGUACAACAGUAUGACGCAAAUGCAGGCAGAUUCGUAUUCAUUGAAACUGCUACCGGUCGUACAAGCUGGCAACCACCAACUGCUGCUUCUCCCCCCAGACCAACACAUCCUCAAGGUCAAGCAAGAAUGUCAAUGCCGCCAAUGCAAGGUCCACCUGUUAUGCGUCAAUCAUUAGCUGCUCAAGGAGCUCCACAAUUUGGAGCACCUGCCAAUCCACCGCCACAAAUGAACAGUCCUGCUGUUUCUCCUCCACCAACAACAACGGGUGCUUCCAAAAGAAGAGCUUACCCAACAGCCCACAUGGCAGCAAACAGUAUAAGCUUCAGCGGAGGUUUCGAUCCUGGUGCUCAAUAUAACGCAGGUGCUAAUCCAGCUGUUGGACUAGAUGCUCAAAAUGCCAAUUCACAGUUGUUCACACCUGGUGCUCCUGAACCAAAUGCUGCUGCUGCACCCGCACAACCCGCUCAAUUUCAACCUCAGCCUACUCCUCCAUCAAACCCUUAUGGUCAUCAACAUGCUCCUUCCGCCGCACCUGCAAUGGGAGGAUAUGGUCAAAAUGGAGCAUCAUCUUUCAAUCAAAUGGCAAACCAAUUCCAAGGCAUGGGCAUAGGAGGCGCAAAGGGCAACCCUUUGGUCACUGUCAAUCUGUCCAACGCACAGCCCAAUUUGGCCGAUUUAGAGCGACCUCCGCCAGAGAUCAGACUACCACCAAAUGCCAGCGUUUCCACCAACCCAAAAGCAAACGCAGACCCUUCUUAUCAGAGAUGCACAUUGAACGCCAUCCCAACUACUUCCUCUUUAUUGACCAAAUCAAGAUUGCCCCUAGGUUUGGUUCUGUCACCUUACCGCUCGGUUCGUGAGGAAGAUGGUGAUGAGCCCGUGCCUGUUGUUACGGAUACCGUCAUUGCUCGUUGUCGUAGAUGUAGAACGUACAUCAAUCCUUACGUUCAAUUCAUUGAAAAUGGUAACAGAUGGAAAUGUUGUAUGUGUAAUAUCUCAAACGAGGUUCCGCAAUUGUUUGAUUGGGAUCAAGAAAAGAAUCAACCAGCCGAUCGAUGGUCAAGACCUGAGCUGAAUCACAGCGUUGUAGAGUUCAUCGCUCCUCGCGAAUAUAUGGUGCGUCCACCUCAACCUCCUGUUUACGUAUUCUUGAUCGAUGUCUCUGUAGCUGGAAUUGCAUCAGGAAUGGCUGCUACAGCUGCACGUACAAUUUUGGAAUCUCUUGAUCGCCUACCAAAUUCUGACAAUCGAACAAAGGUUGCCUUGAUUGGUGUUGAUGCAAGCUUGCAUUUCUUCUGCUUGCCUGCUGGAGUUUCUGAGCCGGAAAUGUUGGUGGUCAGUGAUUUGGACGAUGUUUUCCUACCCAAGCCUAACGAUAUCCUCGUCAAUCUAUCCGAAUCAAGAGCAGGGUUCGAGGCUUUACUCACUCGUUUGGGAGAUAUGUUCAAAGACAAUACUUCUUCUGGAUCCGCCAUGGGAGCUGCAUUGCAAGCUGCUUACAAACUUAUCUCACCUAUUGGAGGUAAGAUUAUCACCUUGACUGCAUCUUUGCCAAAUGUCGGACCUGGUGCAUUGAAGGUGCGUGAGGACCCAAAGCUACUGGGAACAUCAAAAGAGAGCACACUAUUGGGAGCAGCUUCUACCUUUUACAAAACAUUCCCGAUCGAUUGUUCGCGCAGUCAAGUAUCCGUGGAUAUGUUCUUGUUUGCAUCAGGUUAUGCAGACGUAGCAACUUUGAGCUGCUUGCCUCGUUAUACUGGUGGUCAGACAUACUUCUACAAGGGAUUCAGUGCAGCACGAUCAGAGGAUGCGCUUAAGUUUGCUCACGAAUUUGGAGCAGUGCUAGCAAGUCCGAUCAGUUACGAAGCAGUUUUGCGUCUACGUUGCACAAAAGGUCUUCGUGCAACUCAAUUUUACGGAAACUUCUUUGUUCGUUCAACAGAUCUUUUGGCAUUGCCUGCUGUUCCUUUGGAUCAAAACUACGCAAUUGAAUGCGAGAUUGAAGAAACGAUUAAUGCGCCAUUUGUCGUUUUCCAAUCUGUCGUCUUGCACAGUACAAGCUAUGGGGAGCGUAGAAUUCGUGUGGUAAAUCUUGCGUUGCCAACGACCAGCAGUAUGUCAGAAGUUUACUCGAGCGCUGAUCAAGUUGCCAUUGCAUCAUUGUUGGCCAGCAAAGCAGUCGAACGCAGUAUUCACGCCCGUUUGGAAGAUGCUCGUGAUGCAUUGAUGAACAAAGCGGUUGACAUCUUCUCGACGUACAAGAGCACAAUGACGAGUGCAGGAACUGGACCGAGUCCACAACUCAGUAUUUCCAACAAUAUGGCAUUGUUACCAUUGCUUGUUCUUGGUUUGAUGAAGAAUGUGGCUCUGCGAUCGAGUGCACAAAUUCCAUCAGAUUUGCGUUCGUACGCUCAAGCAUUGUUGACGACAAUGCCAAGUCAACAAUUGGUUCCUUACCUCGUUCCAAACUUGUAUGCAUUGCAUAGUAUGUCACCCGAAGCAGGAACGCGACCAGAAGGAGGAGCAUUGGUGAUGCCUCAAAAGUUGAACUUAUCAUCCGAACACUUUGAACGAUAUGGACUGUAUAUCAUCGAGAACGGUCAAUCGAUCUUCCUGUGGUUGGGUAGAGAUGCAGUGCCGCAACUUUGCGUUGACGUGUUUGAUGCUCCAACCUAUUCUGCCGUUCAAGGAGGAAAGACUACAUUGCCCAAAUUGGAGAACAGUAUGAACCAACGUGUAAAUGCGAUCGUUGAACAUAUUCAAACAUCAAGACGUGGUGUUUAUAGACCGGACGUGUAUGUUGUCAAGGAGGAUGGCGAACCAAGCUUGCGUUUAUGGGCAUUAUCGAUGUUGAUCUUGGACAGAUAUGAACAAACACCAAGUUAUCAACAAUUGUUGGGCAUGUUGAGAGAUCGGGUGAAUGGAGGAUCAUAGACAUAUGCUCACACAAUAACACAAAAAUACCACACCCUUUCUUCCAUGUUCACACAUUCUUUUUCUUCAGUCAUCUUGCUCCUCUUUCUUGAAAGCCACUCCCAAAAAAGCAAGGUUGAAUUGUUCUCUAGAUUCACGAAAAAGCAUACCUUAUAAUGAGAUAAAAUCACUGUCAAA